AUGAGUUCACACAAAAGUUUCAAAAUCCCAGAAAGUAUAAAAGGGAGGAGUUACAAAACUGAAGUUACCUCGAAGAACAAUUACAACAUUCACCUGAAGAACAGACCGAUGGAAAACAGUCGGAAAAGACCCUUGCAAAUUAGUGAAAACCAGUCCAAAAACGCUAAGAUUGCAAAAAAUAUUGUUGGAAAAACCAAAAAGCAGAAGAGCCCAAUAAAAACUAACCAUGACAAUGCGGCUCCCGUGAAACAAAAUAAAGAUGAAAAAGUUGAGCAGAAAAGAAGUGUCGAUAGAGGUCAAGGAAGGAGAGGUCACCAGGUCAGCAAACAAGAAAUCAAUGAACAACUAGAGGAUUAUUUCUACAUUUUCAACUGA